AUGGAUUUCUUCUCAAGACAGGUUGUGUUCGUUACGGGCUCCACCGGGGGCCUGGGUGCCUGUCUCUUGUACAAGCUCACUGUGGUGCUACAAGUUCCGAAAAUCUACGUUCUCAUUCGAAAGACACCUGACGAGGCCUUCAAAACGUGGCAAAAAACGAUCCCAAACCAAGUUGAUGAGAUCUUGCGGAAUGGACAAGUUCACCUUGUUCAAGGUGAUUUGACAAUGCCGCAGUUUGGCAUCGACGAAACUCUCCUCGGCGAGAUGGAGCAGGAGGUCACGGUUGUGAUCAACUCCGCGGCAAGUAUCAGCCUACGAAUGAAUCUCCGAGAUAUAGUUAUGGUCAAUUGCCUCCCAGCGUUGGAACUGGCUGGCAUGGCCCUCAAAUUCGCCAAACUUCAGUGCUUUCUCCAGGUGUCUACCGCCUAUGCUCUGACCGAUAAGUCGGGAGGGACGGUAGAAGAAAGAAUCUACCCAAUGUCAAGCAGCGCGCACCAGGUUCUUGAAGAUGUUAUUUCGGGGCGGUCCGAUGACUCGAGCGAGUUUCUCUGGCCAUAUGGAAAGUCGAAACGCCUCAUGGAAGUCCUUCUGACGGAGCGAUUCUCUCGCCGUUUGCCGCUUCUCAUUGUUCGGCCCAGCCAAAUUGGGCCGGCCAUCAAAGAACCAUACGCACUCUACAUGCCGAUGUCAGCCUGCCCUAUGAGUAGCUGGAGUUCACGGUUGAUGUAUCCGGUAGGCGGCACCGUUCUGUUCGGAGUCGAAGAUGCCUCCUUAUUUGGACAGAAUGUUGUCGACGAGAUUCCAGUGGACCUUGUAUCCAACGUCAUCCUCCAGCACAUCCAGCGCGGCACGAUCGGGGUAGUCAACGCUUCGGCGCAACUCUUUGUGCCCAGAACAUUCAAUCAAUUCCUUCAAGACAUUCACUGUGCGGUACCCGACCGCUGGAGGCGCAGGCUUCCGGUUGUUGCCUGUACGACCAAUCCCUCCGCCGAGCAGAGUGAAUUAGCCGACUUAUACCGUAUUCACACCCGCGACUAUCUCAUUCUCACAGAGAGAUCACGCGGUCUCGAUCUCGACGGCCCCAUCGGACUGGAUCUUCGUGGCUUUGACAUCGAAGACUACGCGGCAAGGAGAAUGCAACAUAUAUACGCUGAAACGGUCAAGGUCCUAGAACGGAAAGGCAAGGAGAAGCAGAACAAGGAACCGACACCAUCUAAGUUCUAG